AUGAGGCUAGAGCGAGGGCGGCGGGCUUCUCUGGCGAUCACCCUCAACUUUGUCGCGUUUGCUUUUGCAUUGUCUGCGGUGACCACCAGCUACUGGUGCGAGGGGACCCGGAAGGUGGCCAAACCCUUCUGCACCGGCCCCGCAAAAGCCAAGCAGUGGUUCUGCAUCCGAUUCAACAGCACCAACAUCAACGACAGCCGCCUGGUGCAGUACAUCUUCGAGACCGGAGAGGAGAAGUUCCUCAUGAGGAAGUUCCACACGGGAAUAUUUUUCUCCUGUGAGCAGGCCGCCGACAUGAAUGGGUUUGACUGCAGAGACUUCUCAGAAAUUGCACCAGAACAUGAGAGAGGAGUGCUGUGGUUGUGUAUCGUGGCCGAGAGUCUGUAUCUCACGCUGCUCUUCGCCGGGGGGGCUCUGAUGACCCUGGAGCAGUGCCCCUGCUUCAGCAUCAUGAACAAGCUGAAGCUCAGUGCCUUCGCUGCCCUGUGCACCGCCCUGUCAGGCCUUUGUGGGAUGGUGGCCCACAUGAUGUUUACCACCAUUUUCCAGCUGGCUGUGGCGAUGGGGCCAGAAGACUGGAGGCCAAAGACCUGGGACUACAGCUGGUCUUAUGUUUUAGCGUGGGGCUCCUUCGGCACUUGCAUGGGCUCUGCAGUGACGGCCCUCAAUAGAUACACAAAGACCAUCGUAGAGUUCAAAUACAAGCGGCGGAACAUCGAGAAGAGCCUGCUGAUCCAGCAGAAGAUGCUGGAGCAGCAGCUCCCCGAGCAGAUGUGGGACAUGUACCUGACGGCCGUACCCGCUGAAGCCGAGGCAAAGCUGGAACUGCCGGUCAACGGCCACAAACCCUCCACAGGAACUACGUACAUGGUGCAGAUGGACGAUGGAACAGAACACCAAGGAGAGGUGUACUGUUAA